ACAUCACAGCGCGUCGGCGCAGAGCGCACGCUCUCCACCACCACCGCCUCGCGCCCCGCCCCUCGCCUCGGCAUCUCAUCGCCACCGCGAGAAACGAAAGGGGCCAGGCGAAGAGAGAGGCUAACACAGCAGCGCCUCGCCCUGGCGGCGCCCGCUAGAGGAAGGAAGCGGCAUUGGCUGCGGGCUGGAAGGAAGGCCCUGAGCCGAAGCUUCUGGAAGCUUCCGGAUCCGGCUCAUCCGGACGCCCAGCCGGAUCUGCGCCCGCACGCUGGCUGCCGGAGUUAGUGAUUGAGACAACGUACCUUGGUUCGAGAUGGAGGACCUGUUGGGUUCGGAGAUCGGGAAGAACGACUACGACUGGCUUCUAACUCCGCCCGGGACCCCACGUGUACCUGCACUGGAGGUUUCUGAGAAAACACCAUCGUCAAAUAUAUUACCGAAGCGCGCUGCCACUAGAUCAUCCUCAACUACUAGAGCAUCUAGGCUUUCAGUAUCUCAAACAGAGAAUGGGCAUUCCACAGCUCCCACUAGACCAGCAAGAAGUAACUCUGUCAACCGACCUUCUAUUCAAUCCACUCUCAUGUCUAGCAACAACAGGACAUCAGUUCUCAAUACAAGCAUUUCAUCAGUCAGUUCGAGACCUACAACAACAAGUAGGCGAAGCAGCACUGUGGUUGCACCAAAACAAUCAGUUCCACCUUCACAUCCAGUGCCUGCAAGAUCCUCUACUCCUGUUAAAACUCGUCCAUCAACACCAGCAAAAACUCGCCCAUCUACUCCUGCGAAAACUCGCCAAAUAACCCCCAACUCUUCAAGUGACUCAGCUGCUGCCAAGACCACAUCCACACAUAGUUCAAGGCCAUCAACUCCAAAUUCGCGGUCUCGUAUUAUGCCCAAUUCAUCUUCUGGUGCAACUCAUGCAAUUAGCCGCCCGAGUGCAUCCGUAGGUACAACAAACCAGCCAUGGUCAUCCUCAGGUAAUGUUCCUGGGAUAAGCCGUGCCACCUCACUGUCUUCAAGCUCGGUUCCUUCAAUGAGCCGUUCCAGCUCACGAUCAUCUACACCGACACGCCAGCCUGCAAUUCGCUCAUCAGCCCCAGCUAUUGGUCGCUCACCUUCUGUUGGACGGAGUUCUAGCAUCAGUAGCUUUACAUCUGUCACCCGACCUGCAGCCAGUAGUGGGCGCAACUCAGCACCUUCAUCAGCUCCUUCAUCUCGUCCAAGUUCUCCAAAUCCACGACCCCGAGCUCCAGUGCGGCCACUUGAUAUCCCUGAUUUCCCAAAUGAAACUCCACCAAAUCUAAGGACGAAAUUGCCUGAAAGACCACUAUCCGCUGGUAGAUCACGGCCGGGAAUGGCUUUAGGAAUAAGAUCAACCUCAAAUACUGAACCUUUAGCUACCUCAUCUCCUGUGAAGAUCUCGGUGCCUGCUGUGAGUCGAAGUAAAUUUUCUGAUGCAUCGUCAAAGACGCCUACUCUCACAAAUGGACACCAAAAUCGACAAGCUAAAAGGUCCGUUAUUGACAGUCAACCUAAUAGACUCUCACGGCCUGUCACAGGCACAGAUAAUGGAUUUGGGAGGUCAAUAUCAAAGAAGUCACUUGAUAUGGCAAUCAAGCACAUGGACAUUCGGCAGAACUUGAGUGGCAUUCGUGGCGCAUCCCUGUUCCCCCAGAGCAUCCGUUCGGCAGCUGCCAAGGCCCGGCCAGUUCGAGUGUCAGACCCCGGGCAUACUAUCUCAAAUGGCGACCGACAUUACAUUGACAAUGGAAGCAGCGUUAACGGACACCUCUCUGGCGAUUCAAAUGGAGCUCUCUCGCGCAACGGUGGCAGCUCAAUGGAUUCGCCGGACCGGGCAAGCAUUGGAACCAAGGAGACCUUGAGCGAACUGGAUAUCUACGGCAGUUCGCGCUACGAGGCGAUGCUGCUGAGGGAGGACGUGAGGAACACGAGCUGGUUGCACGGCUUCGACGAAAAGCCCGACCAGAGCCCGCUGUUCGACCACCGGUUCGAGCCACUGCCAGAGCCGUUCAGCCCUCUAUGACAGUCGAUGCUUGUAAAGUUCUGAUUAUCACUUGCUCCUCGUUCUCUUCCUUGCAUGAUGUGUAUGCUUUCAUCUGUUUUCUGUUCUAUAAUUGGUUGGUUCUGCA